AUGCCCGUCCCUUUUGAGGCUCUUCUUCCCUAUGCCAUCAUGAUUGGUAUGUUUGGUAUCUCUGGUACUGGUCUUGCCGUCGUCAAGAACUGGCAGAACGAGGGCAAACGACCCCGUUACUCCGUGGAUCAAUGGGAUAGACAAAUGAUGGACCGUGACCGCCGACUUACGGGAACUCUACGAGGACAAACAGACAAACCGGAAGCGCCUUUAGGCUUCGAGUUGAACAACCCUUGGAAGUUGGAAACACGCUUUUCUUAA